AUGAAUUCCACUGAGCUCUCUUGUGGGAUGUUGAUUUUCUUGCAAUUCAGCCUUGGACUCUUGCUGAACAUCUUCCUCCUCCUGUUUUAUAUUCGUGUGGCCUCCACGAGCCACAAGUCCAGCUAUUCUGACCUGAUCCUCGCCCACCUGGUCUUGGCGAACACCAUCAUCCUCCUCACCAGUGGAGUCUUAGAGACCUUGUCAGCUUGGGGGCUGAGAAACUUUCUGGACGAUGUUGGCUGUAAAAUCCUCAUGUACCUCUACCGAGUAGCCCGGGGUCUUGCCAUUUGCACCACCUGCCUCCUGAGCGUGUUCCAGGCUGUCACCAUCAGUCCCAGCACCUUCCGGUGGGCAGGAAUCAAAGUCAAAUUACCCAAGUGCAUCCUCCCCUCCUUCCUCCUCUCCUGGAUCCUCAAUAUGCUCAUAGAAAUGGAUACGCCGAUAUACAUGAUAAGCCCCCAGAACAACAACAGUUUUCAAAUCAUGUUGGAUCUCAAAUAUUGCUCAGAAAUCAGUGACAGUGAAGAAACUACGCUGGUAAUUACAGUGGCCCUUACUAUGAGGGAUCUCUUCUUCGUGGGGCUCAUGAGCACAGCCAGCAGCUACAUGGUGUUUGUCCUGCACAGACACCAUCGACAGAUUCGGCACCUCCAUGGGCCCAGCCGCUCCCCCAAGGCGAUGCCCGAGGUCAGAGCAGCCAAGAGAGUCAUCGCCCUUGUCACCCUUUAUGUCCUCCUCUAUGGACGACAGACCAUCAUGCUGAGUGUUUUAGUAAACGUGAAAGAAAAAUCUCCCAUGCUUGUGAAAAGCCACAUGGUAUUUCGACUCACUUUUUCUGCGGUGAGUCCGUUGUUGAUGAUUCACAGUGAUAGGAGAAUAAGGAUAUUCGUGAAAAGACAAUCUCCCGUGUCUGACCCGGAGCCUUCUAAUAAUAAUAAUAAUGUUGAUAUUUGUUAA